GUUUGGGGUAGGGUGUGUCUGGGAUGAACCAGAGCGACGGUGGGGGUUCUUUAUAUAAACUAGAUGAACCAUCAGGAAUUACCACUGUUAUAAUAAGUGUUUUUGAAAUCUGUGGAUACUCUCAAAUAUGUUGAUGUUUAUUUUUGCAACUUUGGUGGCGGCUGCGUUGGCCGCCCCCCAGCGUAACUACUACCAACAGCCCCAACAGCAGUACCCCCAAUACAGCGGCAAAUUUAUCCCCAUUGUCUCCGAAACCAACGAAAUAAACCCUGAUGGGUCAUUUAGCUACAGUUAUGCUACCGGUGACGGCCAACAGGCUCAAGCUCAAGGAUAUUUAAAAAAUGCCGGUGUCAAAGAUCAAGAAGCUGAAGUGAUUCAAGGCUCGUAUUCAUACACAGCACCUGAUGGUACUCCAAUUACCAUCACGUAUAUUGCUGAUGAGAAUGGGUUUAGGGCUGAGGGGGCGCAUUUGCCCACGCCGCCGCCGAUUCCGGAGGCGAUUCAGAAAUCUUUGGCUUUGAUUGCACAAACGCAGAAAAAUCCGCAAUCGCAGUAUCAGCCGCAGUAUCAGCCGCAGUAUCGGCCGCAGUAUCAGCAGCCCAGGCCCUUUUCACGUUUUUGAGGGCGUUGACGUAGAGUAGGAUUAUUGUUUUGUAACUGAGAACAGUGGCCAGUGACAUGUUUAUGACAUCGAGUUGUAAAUAUUUUUAUAGCAUUUUUUAAUAAAUAUUUUUAACAGGA